CAUUUGCCUCAAGGCAAUAGAAAGAAACCUGAAUUGUUGUUGUCACCAUCUCUGUUUUCUACCAAACAAAACCUGCAACUUCUCCCACUCCACAACCCAAUUUGGAAGUUUUCCACCACUUUACACACACACAAAGUGAUAGCAAUUGAUAAAGAUGAGCAGCAAGCCAAUCACGAGAAACGGAAAGCCACUCAUCAAAUCAACCAUUCACAAAACCAUGAAAUUCCUCACCAAAUCCUUCACACACCUCAAACCAACAAAAUCCCCCGCCAACGCCAACACCAACACCAACACCAACAAUUCAGAUGAUUGCUACACGAUCUUCUCAGAAACUAACCCUAAUUCCAGCCCUAAUCCUAUUUCUAAUCCGAUUAAAACAGUGACGAAGAAGAAAAUUGAGGAUCGAUCAGAGACGGCGGUGAAAGAGAAACAUACCGUGAAGGAGGAGGCGGCGAAAUGGCGGUGGUCGGGCGCGGAUGUGUUGGCGCAGAAGAUGAUAGAUCUGGAGAUGACGGAUUCGAGCGACAUCGAUCAGGCGGUGGAUGUGGAGGAGGUGCUGCACUACUACUCGCGCCUGACUUGCCCGGCUUACGUGGAGAUCGUGGACGAUUUUCUGAUGGAUAUGUAUUCGGAGUUCCAGGUGUCGGGGCGGAGGAGCCUCAACUCUUCUAUGAGGAAGCUGGCGCCGGAGACCAAUUACAGCUCCAUGAGAAGCCUCGCGCCUUUGAAGCUCUGAAUUUGUACGCAACUCAGUUGGUAAGACGUGAACGCAGUAUUGUGUGAUCAUAUGCAAAUUAUUCUAUUACUAUAUAGUAUGAAGAAAUAUGGUUACUGUAUAAUGUAAUGGAUUCAAAUUGUAUUUCUUUUCAUGGAAUAAAUUUUUGUUGAUUGUAAGUA